AUGAGUAUGUCUAAGCUUAAGCUCAUCUCUUCUGAAAUAGAAUGUAAUCAAAGGAAAACAAUGGGGGCUGAAUCUCAAUUCAAGAUAACUACAUCGUUGACACCUUAUGAUGUUUCGACAUUGGUACUGAUAUACCUUUACUGCUGCCAUAAUGUUAAAGUACCGAUGAACAUAUUUGUCAAGUUGAUUACACCAACGAUACCUUCUACAGAGAUAAAUCCUAUCUUAGAGAUCGAGAAGUUAGAUUUAACUGUCGAUAGACCGUUGUCAGUCCAUUUAGAAACAUUAGUUUCAUAUGUCUUACAUUCUGGCCAAAGACAAUUGGUCAUUCAAUUGCUUUCGGUAUUAAACUCUCUGGAUAGUUUGGAUACCCUUACCCAACUGCUUAGUUUCCUUGAGAAAGAAUGUUUGGUGAAAACUUAUAGAACCAAGAAACCAUCAAGCUCCCAGGGAUGUCGAUCGAUUACCAAGACAAGUUACCUUGGAGUAUAUCUGGACAAAUGCUUGAUCGAAUACCAUUUGGGUAGCUUUGACGACAGGGAAGAAUUGUGGGAGAGUUUUAUGCAGUACUUACAAUCUUUCAAAUCCACGGACCUUUGGAAGCGCUUAGAAUGUGAACUGAAACCAUUUGAAUUUGAGUUUAGGCCAACUAUCAAUGAUGAUGAUGAUGAUGAUAGUGACAGGGAAAUGAUUGCGUGGUUUCAAAGCUUUGGCAAGAAAAUUACAUCAGUGGAUAAGCCAGUUAUCUUAAUUGGUGAGAGGUACCUAAGAUCUCUUUUGAACUGGGAGCUUGUCACUGUAUGUAAGACUAGAACCAAAAUCGACCCCGGUACGCGGCAAAUUUUGGCAGGUCUGUCACUUAAUGAUCUUACACACUUCCCAGCAGCUCAUGUUCUCGCUUAUUUGGAAGCUGUAUUUGAUAACAGUUACCAAGAAGCAGCAGAUGCUCUGCAUAACUAUUUUGACUAUAUGCUUACACAGAAUGAUGAGAACUGUUUCCAUAUAUCAUUGUUAUGUCUGGCUACUUUCCAUACCUGUAUGCAUGAUGGUCCCGCUGCUAUUAAGGCCUUUGAGGAGGCUACCAAAGUGGCUCGAGAAAAUAAAAAUACUGGUACUUUGAACUUAAUCAUGAUUUGGGUAGUGAAUUUCAUAGAAAUUUACCCCGAAUAUUCUAGUCAAUUUCAAGUUACAGUGGAGCAAAUAGUUCGUUAUCUCAAAUUCUGUCCAGAUAAUGAGAACUCUUUGAUCUUCGAAAAGGCAUACAAAUUUGAAUCACUUUUGCUUAUGAUGGAUAAUGCAGAUACAACGCUUGUAUUGGAAUCCUUUUUCAAAUAUAUGGCCAUUGCAAUUCAACGACUACAAUUUGGUUCGGAUUUCACUCAAGUUUGUAAAUAUGGAACCAAGUUAUGGGAAACAUUAGGUCAGCCUUUAUUGAGUGAAGUCUAUGGCGCAUAUAUGAAGGAAAGAAUACAGGGAGAUGAAGGUGACCAGGAAAUUCACGACGCCUUCAAAUCAUUGGAAUCUGGUGAUCAUUUGACAGUCAAUAAGAUCUUGCUGAAACUACGAUCACCCAGAUUGACUGAUGAUCAUUUGAAAAAAUUGAAACUACUAGAAAUUAAAUAUUUAAUAUCCACCGGGGACUAUGAGCAAGCAAUGCAAAGGGUAUCAGAAUCGAUGAGAGAUUUGGACACGAAUGUCAUGAAUGCAGAAUGGAAAUUCAAAUUUCAGGUGGAAAAUUGCCAUAUUCUGUUAUCCUGUGGGAUGGCGGUUAGAUGUCUUCCAAUUCUAAAAGAUAUGCUUGAUGCUUCUAUGCAGAGUAAAAACGUCCUGAGAGCAUCUGAAUCAAUUGUAUUAUUAUGUGCUACCUUAAAACAGUUGGGUAAAGAUGAAGAAUCCCGUUUUCUUCUAGAGAACAAUCUACAUGUCAUUCUCCAAUACAGACAUUUGGAAACAAGAGCUAUUGGCCUGCUCAAGUAA